AUGAACGACAGUCACUCUCCCAGCCCGACGUCCUCCCGCCUCUUCUCGAAAUCGGAAGCGACAGCAUUGGAACGAUUCUCAACCGCAUGUUCCCAACGUACCUCUCCAGAAGACUACCCGCUUGCUGCCUCGAUCGAGAAGAACAUCCCCGUCUACGACCUCCCCGGACACUCCAGCUUGAGCGACAUACAACGCUCGGAGCUCCAGGACGAGUGGUACCGCGUCCUAAUCUCCGGCCCGGGCGUCUUCGUCACAAAGGGCCUCUUCCGCGACAAAGCUUUGAUUCAGUCAGCAAACGCAGCUUUCGCAUCAAUCAUUGAGGACGAAAGGAAGUCAGGAACCGCAAAGGGAGACCACUUUGCCAGCGCUGGCAAAAACGACCGCAUCUGGAACUCGUUCAGCAAACACGGCCUGAAGGACCCGGCGUCCUUUGUCAAGUAUUACUCGAAUCCUUACCUCGGCCUAAUCUCGAGCGCGUGGCUCGGACAGGGCUACAGGAUCACGGCGCAGGUCAACAAUACUAAGCCUGGCGCCUCGCCACAGGUUUGCCACCGUGACUACCAUGUUGGUUUCCAGACAGCAGAAGCGGCCUCGCAGAUUCCACGGGCCAUGCAGGUCGCCAGCCAGCUCCUGACGCUGCAAGGCGCCGUCGCCCACUCUGAAGUGCCUCUCGAGAGCGGCCCCACGCGGCUGCUACCAUUCAGCCAGACGUUUGAGGCUGGCUACAUCUCGUAUCGUCGCCCCGAGUUUAACGAAUACUUCUUAAACAACUAUGUUGCGUUGCCACUGGAGGUGGGAGAUGGUCUCUUCUUCAACCCCGCGCUCUUCCACGCGGCUGGGAAGAACGUGUCGACCGAUGUGUACAGGAUGGCGAACUUAUUGCAGAUAAGCAGCCCCUUUGGAAAACCGAUGGAAUCUGUGGACGCCGUGCCUCUGGUGGAGAAGAGCUGGGAUCACUUGAUGAAGUUGUACGAAGACGAAGGCUUGAGUGCUAGGGUCCAGUCUUUCAUAGCGGCUGUGGCCGAGGGAUAUCCGUUCCCGACGAAUCUAGACAACAACCCGCCAAGGAAUGAGGGCAUGGCGCCAGAAUCGGAACAGGAUAAUAUUACAACGAGUUUGGUCGAGAAGCGAAGCAGGUCCGAGGCCGUCGAAGCGCUGAAAGCAUUCGCAAAGAGAUCAUCAGCAUAA